AUGGCAGAAUUCGAUCUAAGCACGAGGAUCGCUAGCAAACUAGAUCGCCAUCUCGUUUUCCCUCUUUUGGAAUUCCUCUCUGUAAAUAAGAUCUACAAUGAGGAUGAUAUCCUGAAAGGAAAGUUAGAGUUGUUAAAGAACACCAAGAUGGUGGAUUUUGCUAUGGACGUUCAUAAAAAGCUCUACCCUGAAAUGGAAGUACCUGAAUCAUUCCGGGAUAAGCGUACGGAAGUUGUCUCUGAAUUAAAAAACUUUAGAGAAAAAUGUACUCCAGUGGUUGAAGUCUUUAGCAGUGACGAAGAUUUUAUGAAAUUAUUACAGGAUCACAGGGAUGGUCGCUAUCUUUUCGAUUACUUAUCACGAAAACAUAAUAUACAACCUGAUACAUUGGACGCACUUUAUGAUUACGCUAAGUUCCAAUAUGAAUGUGGUAAUUAUUCUGGCGCUGCGGAAUAUCUACACUUUUUUCGCGUUUUGUCACCAAACGCUAAUGAUCAGAAAGGGGAAAGUGCUCUUUGGGGAAAACUUGCAUCCGAGAUAUUAAUGCAGAAUUGGGAUGUAGCCCUUGAAGAUUUGCAUAGAUUACGAGAAGUAAUAGAUACCAAUACAACCUUAAAUGUCGUAGAACAAUUACAACAACGAACUUGGCUAAUCCAUUGGAGUUUAUUUGUAUACUUUAAUCAUCCAAAGGGCAAGGAUGACCUUAUUGAGUUAUUUUUAUAUGCACCACAAUAUGUGAAUGCGAUACAAACACAAUGUCCUUACAUUUUGCGCUAUGUGGCAGCGGCUGUUGUUAUAAAUCCUACUAAGAUUCGACGUGGAGUAUUUAAAGAUUUGAUCAAAUUUAUCCAACAGGAAUCUGGAGCGUAUAAAGAUCCAAUAACGGAGUUUCUAGAACAUAUUUACGUCAACUUCGAUUUCGAUAACGCACAGCAGAUGCUUCGAGAAUGCGAAACCGUCAUCUCUAAUGAUAUUUUCUUGGUAAGUAGCCUGGAUGAUUUUAUUGAAAGUGCUCGUCGCCUUAUCUUUGAAACUUUUUGCCGUAUACAUCAUCGUAUCAGUAUAAGUAUGCUUGCUGAAAAGUUAAAUAUGACACAAGAUGCUGCUGAAAGAUGGAUUGUUGAUUUGAUUAGAACCGCAUUAUUAGAUGCCAAAAUUGACUUAAAAGAGGGGCAUGUGAUUAUGGGAGUGCAAAUGCCGUCGGUUUACGAACAAAUCAUUGAAAAAACAAAAUCAUUAACCUUCAAGACACAAUACUUAAUGCAAAAUAUCGAGAAAAAGACGAAUAUGCAGAAAUCUGGUCGCGAGGGAAACGUAAGUUUUUGCAUAUGA